CGACCGAUCGAAGUACACUAUGGCCAUCAGGGAUUUACAAUUGAAUUCCGGCAUGCGUUGCGCCAAAUAUAUGCUGCUCAUUGUGAGCUUUAUGUUUGCUAUCACCGCCAUCCUCUUGGUAAUGGUUGGCUCCACCAUCCAAGCCAUUUUUGGUGAUUUCCGUCAAUUUGUGGACGAUCACUUCCUCUCGCCCCCAGCCUUGUUGAUUGCCAUUGGUUUCAUUUUGUUGUUUGUUGCCACCCUGGGUGCCUAUGGUGCCAUCAAGGAGAGUGUGAUGCUCAUUAAUUUGUAUGGUGUCUGCUUGUUUAUGGUCUUCAUUUUGGAGGUGUCGGCCUCGAUCGCCGCCUUUGUUAUGCAGGGUCAGGUCCGUGAAAUGUUGGUACGCACCAUGAACGAUUCGUUGGCCAACUAUGAAAAGAACGAAUAUAUCCAGGCCGGUGUAGAUUUCAUGCAAAGCGGUUUGGAAUGCUGUGGUGUUGAUGGUCCCCGUGACUGGGUCAAUUUCAUUGAACAACCCAACAACACAGUGAAUGGCCAAGCUAAUCGCAUCAAUGUACCCGACUCCUGCUGUGGCCUCUUCAAUGCCUACGACCCAAGGGAAUGUGAUAAACAAUACGAUACGGGUUGUUUCGGACGCAUGGAUUUCAUUAUUUCGCAGAGUACCAUGUUGAUUGCCACCGGGGCCACCACUGUGGCUUUUGUACAGCUUUUGGGUGCCUUGUGUGCCUUCAUGUUAGCCAAGACCCUGAGACGCAACAAGUCCAUACGCGAAGCUCGCCGCUGGCAGUUACAACAAAGUUUGGGCGUUCUGAUCUCUGGUGGUAAAAUGGCUCCACCCAUGAACUCACCCAUGACUGGGUAUACCCAAUUGGAGAAAACCGAACGAUUCUAUGAACAGGAACCCAUUAACUAUACACCCAACAGUCCCAGUGUUAAUUGA